AACUAUCCCUCAUUCUGAAACACUGUGCGUCUAUAGCUAUCAAGUGAAGGCAUCCUUUGUGGUUUUAACUAAUUUUAUAAUGUAAGUAUAUAACUUGAAUGGUGCUUUAAUGCUAAGCAAAGGUGUAUGAGAAUCACACCAUGCUAUAAUAAAAACUCCAAAUGACCAUCAAAGGUUAGUCUUGACAUUACCAACGAUGAUAUCGUGUCAUUCGUGCUCGCUCCUCGCUAAUAUGGAAGGUUGAUGCAAAUGCCUGAAAAACGUCCUGGCAAUUAUUUGCAUGCAAACAAAUGUGUGAGGGUCAUUUCAAAAGCUGACUUCUGAUCAGCAUCUAUAGUAUAGUUCACUACAGCAGAGUUGGAUUUUGUGUCUUUGGUAUAAUGGUCAAAUUCGGCUGGAGUUUGGGAGCAGACAAAGUUGUUUCACUGGGAUAGAUAGCUGACUAUUUCCUGUCACUUACAUCUGAAGUGUCUGCAUCAUGGAAACAGAAUUCUCGAAGAGAGUGUAUCAGGGAGUCAGGGUGAAGCACACAGUGAAAGAUCUGCUGGCAGAAAAGAGGUCACGGCAGACGAGCGGCCCGCGCUACGCUGGUGUCUCAUCUCCUCCGAGUCCAUUUGUUCAAAUGACUGGUUCUCACAUGCUUCCGAGUUACUACGGCAUGAGAAGACCUUUCAUUGCAGACACAGAGUUUUGUUCCUCAACUAAACCAUUUUCUACUGAUGUCUACCCGUCAUCUCUAAUGGGAAAGUCUCUCUCGUGUGACACCGCAUGCAUGUCUGGUUAUUCCUCACUUAUAGACAGCUACUACCCAGAGUCUUUUGGCGACUACCGCAGCACACCUUUCUCCAGUGGAGGAAGUACAAUAUUCUCGCCCUCUGCAUUGUCUUCUUUGCUUCCUUCUUACUCCAGUGACUCAUCACAUUAUUUGCUGAGGGACUCUUGGGAGCCCACGGGGAGCGACGGGGUGGAGGGUAUGUGUGGAGAUGCUCUGGCUCCCAUGCCCCUGUCUACACCCAGUUCUCUGGUCAACCCCGACACCGUCAGCCCGACCCAGUUCCGCUCAUCGUCCCGGGGCUCUACCAUGACGUCUUCACAGUCAUACUCUCUCCAUUCACUGGAUGAAGUCAAUUAUCACUCCUCAUUUCAAACCAACUCUGGCAGCUUUGCUUCCCCUUCAUUCAUGACUGAGCCUGCAUCCAAACUAGUGCCAGUACUACCCUCAGAAGAUACUGAAAAUGCCCCUUCAGCCUUGAGCGACAGCCUGGCUUGGGGCAAGGAGGACACUGCUAGCACUUGGUCACAGUAUGAGAUCAGGAGGGCAUUCUGAGAUUGAACUGGAAGGAAAUAAAGGCUCACCAGCCUAGAAGAUCAACACCUCUUCAAUACACAACAACUAACACUAAAAUCUUUUUGCCAGUUUUACUUAGCAGAGCUAAGACUUAACAUUGGGGAACAAAUUAUAUCUUCAAUUUAAAGAUUUAUUUGUAUCAUUUAUUAUAAUUGUAUCUUCUUUUUUGUCAUCACAACUUAUAUUGUCUCAGCUGGAUAAUUAGGAUAAUAAUCAUUAUGAGUCUGUUUAUCCGAAUUUUUAUUACUGUGACACAUAAGUGACUGUGAGUCUAUAUGUAUAUUACCUGCAAACAUUAAGUGUUACAAUAUUUAUAGUCGAUUUGUAAUAUCUAGCUAGUCUUAUUCCUCUUCUUGUGACUCUUUUCAAAAACCUGUUAUGGAAAUGGUCUAAAGGUCAAAUAAACUAUAAUUACAAAAAAAGCAUGUAACUCUACAGCACGAUGGAAUUCAAAGAGUUAUAAAAAGAAGAUAUAAACAACAGAAGAAAAAAAAACAUAUUUAAUGAAAUCUCCGACAUUUUAUUGAAUGAUUAAAUACAAACAUUUUCAGGACAACAAAAACAUUAAAACAAGUUUUUCAUUGAUAUAUUCAUAAUAUACUCAUAUUUAUUAAAAUAUGACUUAGAGGAUUAGGAAAAAUACAUAAAAAAAGAUUUCUUUUUCUUUUCUUUUCUUUUUUAUUGUAUUUCUUUAUUCAUUUUUUUAGAUAAAGAGAUGUAAGUCGGUUCAAUUCUAAAGUAAUAGUCUGUCAGGAACUUUUUAUGUACAUACAAUAUACCAUAUAAAGCUACUAAAUUGACCUAAAUUUGAUUGAUCUAUAAUAACAAAUAUUUUUUUUUU